AUGGUUGGUGGCGAUGGUGAGGAGCCCGGGCUCCAGCGGCAGGCGAAACGUGCAUUGGGGGAUCCACUUCCUCUGGAUAAUGAGAUGGAGUCUGAGGCACCCAACGACUUUAGUAACGAUCCCUCUGACAACAUAUCGGUGCAGUCCCUCCAGGUGGCGUGUGUUCAGAAGUGUUGCUUAUGUACUAUAGUCGCUCCACUUGAUCGUAUUAAGUUUGUUAUGCAGUGCCAGAAGGAACUGCAGCGCACGGGUGUUCUUGAUCGUACUUUCCGCAGUUCAUGGCACUGCUUCCGUUGCAUUCAUUCUAUCGAGGGGAUUCGUAGUUUCUGGCGUGGUAAUCUUGUUCAAGUAGGGUCGUUGCUUCCCGUUACCGCUGCGCACAUGCUUCUUGGGGGCCCGAUGCAGAUGUGGGUAUACAACAACUUCCCACGGGGUUUCCCAUUCGGGCAUUCGGCCGCCACAUAUGCAUCAAUUCUAUGCGGCGCGUUGGCUGUUUCUGCGGUGUCAUACCCGCUGGAGUUUGCACGUUUCCGCCUUGCGGUGGAUUUGAGGCGUAGUCCGUGUGAUCUUUAUGAUUAUCGUCACAGUUUGGCCUUCUUUGCCCAAUCUGUGUUUAGUGAGGCUCCACAUCUCCUUUACGCGGGUUUUGGCCUCUAUGUAACCGGAAGUAUAAUAUACGGCGUCAUGUACACGGGCUUGACGCAGCAGGUUCUCUCGCGACUACCAUCCGAGCCCGGGGGUUACACGGCGACUGUGGUGCAAGUGGGCGCAGGUGUCGGUGUCUCGGCAGUAUCGACGUUAGGUUUGCAUCCCCUCGACACGAUGAGGCGCCGUAUGAUGAUCGCGGUUACGAUGGACGGGCUUCGCUAUGCUUCGGCACGGCACUGCUUCCAUCACAUACUUUCGACGGAGGGGAUCGCCGGAUUUUAUCGUGGGGCUGCGUUCACGAUGGUGCGCAUGGUUUAUAUAUCGUCACUCUAUAUGUGGUUUUUACCGGCUGCCUGA